AAAUGAGUUCUGACUUCUGAAGUAAAUGGUAGUCCAUCCCUUGUUUGUAGUCGAAGCCAUUUCCCACUUAUUCCUGUAGGGCUGUGGUUAACAUGGUGCAUGACAGGUAAAUGUUGAAAUUAAAAAAUAUAUAUAUAUACACAGAAGCUCUUUGUGUAAAAGACAUCUUUGUUAAAAUCAAAGAAGUGGCUUUCGCUUUUCUUAGUGUUUUACCAUUACCUUUUGCUUUUCUACAGAAUAGUAGUCCGCCACCUUAAGUCCCUUAAGAUCAUUUCUAAAAGUUUUCAUAAACCAGUUGCAGCAUUUUUGUUAUUCAUUUUUGAAAUGCAAAACCGUGUGUGUGGUACUUUAAGACUCAAAAAUUACGUUUCGUUAAUCCCGUAGCAGCCUGUUCUGUUCCUGUGUUCUCGCGAUAGCUUCCCCAUCAGUGGCGGCUGUGUGGCCCCCUGUCUCAAUCCGUACCGACUUGUUUCUGACGUUUGAAUGAAAAACACUGCGAAUUACCUCCACUUUGGACCCAGGAAAUAAUGGCUUCAGCACUGGAGCAGUUUGUUAACAACGUGCGGCAGCUCUCCGCUCAAGGCCAGAUGACUCAGCUGUGCGAGUUGAUCAACAAGAGCGGGGAGCUGCUGGCCAAAAAUCUGUCCCACCUGGACACGGUGCUGGGGGCCUUGGACAUCCAGGAGCACUCCCUGGGUGUGCUGGCUGUGCUAUUCGUGAAGUUCUCCAUGCCAAACAUCCCAGACUUUGAGACGCUCUUCUCCCAAGUUCAGCUCUUCAUCAGCACCUGUAAUGGGGAGCACAUUAGAUAUGCAACAGACACUUUUGCUGGCCUCUGCCACCAAUUGACAAACGCCCUAGUAGAGCGGAAACAGCCUUUGAGGGGUGUCGUCAUCCUAAAACAGGCAAUAGACAAAAUGCAGAUGAACACAAACCAACUUACCUCAGUUCAUGCAGACCUGUGUCAGCUGUGCUUGUUAGCGAAGUGCUUCAAGCCCGCUCUGCCCUUCUUGGAGGUGGACAUGAUGGACAUCUGCAAGGAAAACGGAGCCUACGACGCAAAGCACUUUUUAUGUUACUACUACUACGGCGGCAUGAUCUACACGGGCCUGAAAAACUUUGAAAGAGCACUGUAUUUUUAUGAACAGGCAAUAACCACUCCGGCCAUGGCAGUGAGUCACAUCAUGUUGGAAGCCUAUAAGAAGUACAUCCUGGUGUCGCUCAUCCUCCACGGCAAAGUGCAGCAGCUGCCCAAAUACACGUCACAGAUAGUAGGAAGGUUCAUCAAGCCCCUAAGCAACGCUUACCACGAGCUGGCUCAGGUCUACUCCACCAACAACCCCGCCGAGCUGCGCAGCCUGGUCAACAAACACAACGAGACGUUCGCACGAGACAACAACACAGGCCUGGUCAAACAGUGUCUCUCUUCCCUCUACAAGAAGAACAUCCAGAGGCUAACAAAGACUUUCCUGACGUUGUCUUUGCAAGACAUGGCGAGUCGAGUGCAGCUUUCAGGUCCCCAGGAAGCAGAGAAAUACGUCUUACACAUGAUUGAAGAUGGCGAGAUCUAUGCUAGCAUUAACCAAAAGGACGGUAUGGUCUGCUUCCAUGACAACCCCGAAAAAUACAACAACCCAGCAAUGCUCCACAAAAUAGAUCAAGAGAUGUUGAAAUGUAUAGAGCUGGAUGAGAAACUAAAGUCUAUGGAUCAAGAAAUUACAGUAAACCCACAGUUUGUGCAGAAGAGUAUGGGAUCGCAGGAGGACGACGUCGGUAGCAAAACGUCGAGUUAUUCAUGAGGGGGCCUUGGACAGGGACAGAACGCCACAGCCACCCCAACACGUUCUUCCUGGGAUGAGUUGGAUUUUUUUUUUUUUUUAAAGAGGAAAAGAAAACAUUCUGUUGCGUCAGGACAUUGGUCAAGGAAAAAAACCUAAUUGUGUGGAAUGAUGAUUAAUUUGGUUAUUCUUACUUCACCGUGUCUUAAGGAUAACAGAUCCUUAGAGAAAAAGGAAAAAAAAAAAUCAAAUUUUCAUCUGUGUUUUAUUUAUCAAUGUUCAGGAGCGCCACAGCUACGCUGACAGAAAACACAACAAUAAAAACUGGACUUAUCUGUUCCAAACGUGUGAAUAAAUCUCACUUGUUGUUUUUUUUUUGGUUUUUUUUUUGGGUUUUUCUGCAUGAUGGCCGUAACUGGAGAGGCAUUAUGAAUGAAGUGAAGCAUCUUUGGCUGACGAAGAAUAAAUAUGAUUAUAUUCUACAUUUUGUAAAGACCGCGCUGAUCGUUUUCUUCUCACUCCUUGGUUAGAUUGUAUAUAUCAUAAAACGCGAAGCUGUACUCACGGACAUACCCUCGACGAAGCUCUACACUGUGGAGAAGUCGAACACAAUCUGGUGCACUGUUUUUUUUGGUUUUAGUUUCUCCCUAUUUUUAUUUUUUUUAUUUUAUUUUUUUAGGCCAGAUCCACUAGGUGUCGCUAGACCACUGCACAAGAAACUGUUUUGAGAGCUUGAAGUCAACAGAUAUAACCAAUCUGUCUUUAUCAAUUGGGAGCUUGAGCAUUGCGAUUGUGGAUCUGUUAAUAAAUUGUUUAAGAAUA